AAAAUAUAUUAUGUAAUCUGGAAACAAUAUUUUUGUUUUCACUCAACAAGACUUCUAAAAUUGUUUUGUUGUGAAUUUGAACCAACCUUUGGGUUAAGGACAUGAUGCAAGAGUUUAUUUAGCUAUGCAUAAGAAAACUGGGGAAAUGUUUGCUUUAAAAGUUCUGACUAAUUUAUCACAGAAUCACAUAAUAAAUCUCCAGGUUUAAUUACAAUUUAUUUAGCGAACGAAAUACAAAUUCUUAAAGGCAUAGAUCACACAGGAAUAGUUUUGUUGAAAGGAUACUCUUAAGAUUAUACUUGUGUUCUAUUAGAGU